GAUGUGUUUUCUGUCAUUUAAUUUGCAAGUGUACAGCAGGAGUUGAGGAUGUUUAAGAGUGUGUUGUGAUGCUAUGAGGUGUGUGUGUCGCUGCGGGAAUAUCUGCUGACUUGUGUGUGAGUGUGUAUGCAGCGAGGUGGGAACGCUACACAAGUGUUCCUGUGCUGUUGGGAUAAGUCAGUCAUAGAGAUGCCAUGUGUGUAGGAGUGUGUAGUGUUGACGAUCCGCCCAAGCUCUGGGUCUCUCUUCCUCAUCAAAUCUCCACUCACAAUGAGUGACAUCACUGGAGUUUCCCCCCCAGGAGGAAACCUUUUUAAUAAGAGACAGUCACAGUGGCAGUCAGCAAACCAGAGCGGUAGCAGCAGCAGCAGAAGAAGACAGCUCUCCAUUAGGCUGCUAAGAGCUCAACUUGACUUGCAGGGACCAAAGGGACUCGUUUAAACAAUGGAACAUGAAUGCAAGGUAUUUCUGGACACCACAGUCGACACAGAAGCCACGAAACAGGAACCACCGGCAGGCGUCAGACCCAGCUCGAAGCUCACCACAGCCCUGCUGGCGUUCACGCUGUGCCUCGCUGUCACUGCUGCUGCUCUCCUCAUCGUGAACAAGGAUGCCAAGGGUCCUGGACCACAUGAAGAAAACUUUGAUCUUCGUCACACAUUGAGGCAGAUUUCAAACGUGAGAGCAGCCAUUCAUCUAGAAGGAGAAUACAACCCUAACAUGAAGACCUCAGUGGAAUGGAAGAAGAAUGUGGACCAGUCCCACCUUCAAGGAGGUCUGGAGCUCCGCAACAACGAGAUUGUGAUUCCUGAGAACGGCCUCUACUUCGUUUACAGCCAAGCGUCUUUCCGAGUCAGCUGCAGCAGCAACGACCCUGCUGACCCAACCUCCAUCCCCAUGGUCCACCUGAGCCACACCGUGAAGCGCUGGUCCAGGUCAUACGGGAACGACGAUGCCAAGAAGCACUAUCAAACUAUCCUGCACUCUAUCCGCACUGCCUGCCAGAAGACGGCCAGCGUUGACUCAGAGGAGGACGGGAGCUGGUACUCUGCUGUGUACAUGGGAGCCGUGUUCAACCUGAAGACGGGAGACCUGCUGAAGACGGUGAUGGAGGAGGAGAUGCUGAAGCAGCUGGAGGACGAGCCUGGCAAGACUUUCUUUGGUGUGUUUGCCUUGUGAGGGCAGGUAGCUGAGAGGAGCAGGUGCAGAUAUGAAGGCACAUGGCACACCUGCAGCCUGCUGCUCCACUGAAACCCACCCACACUGCUGAAUGUUAAGAGUCCACAGAAGGCCUUCACUGUGUUGCAGAGUCCAUGUGGGCUCUAAACUCACACUUUGAAAAAAUGUAUAAGCAAUUUACUGCUUAAAGUUGACCAAGCUAUGGUGACUGUAGAGUUGAGCACACCAGCUCAUGGUACCUCUAUGGGUCUAUAUAUUAUGUACUAUGUACUGUGGCCGUAUCGUCAGUACCUUCUGCUGUACUGCCUUGCUCAGUUUUUACUGCUUUUGGCAUUUGUAUGGAUUUACUACAACUGCUGCAUUUUUAUUGUGUCACUACAGAAUGACAGAAGUGGUUUUUCACGGAUGUAUUUAUUCAACAUAACAUUGCCAUAUUUAUUUUAUUUAUUGAAUAAUUAAUUUAUUUGUGUGUUUUCAUGUGUUUUUUCCCCCAGAGAAUGUCCAAAUCAGUGAUUGUUCUGGAUUGUAUGCAUAAUUUAUGAAACUAUUUAUUGUAACAGAUUUUUUUUCUCUGUGGAGUUUUUGUUGACAUUAGCGAAGAUGUUCUUACAUCCUCCAUCGUGCCUGUGGUGCCAUAAACAAAAACUGUUUGAAUUAAAAUCUUUUUGCAAAGUAA